AUGGCUCCGUUUUUCAGAAAUGUUGGAUGUUGUAUCAGGAAAUAGAGAAACUUUCAACAGUGAAAUAGCUGAAGAUGGUUCUGCUUCUCCUCGGCAAACUGAGUCGGAGCUACUGAUGCGUGCGAUCACUGAAAUUGUUCAGCAUCUGAUCGAGGCGGAACGCAAGGGACAAAAUGUAGACUUGAACAAAGUGAAAAUGGCAGUGUCUCGCAAGUAUUGCACGCAACGACAACCGAAACUAGUUGAUAUUAUUGCUGCUGUUCCUCAGCAACACAAGAAAACGCUGCUUCCAAAGUUGAAAGCGAAACCUGUGAGAACUGCGAGUGGUAUUGCUGUAGUGGCUGUAAUGUGCAAACCUCACAGAUGUCCUCAUAUACACAUGACGGGCAACAUAUGCGUCUAUUGUCCAGGUGGACCGGACUCAGACUUCGAGUACUCAACCCAGUCGUAUACAGGGUACGAGCCCACAUCCAUGCGAGCCAUAAGAGCCAGAUACGAUCCAUACUUACAGACACGUAACAGGGUAGAUCAGCUGCGAUCCUUGGGUCAUAGUGUGGACAAAGUUGAAUUCAUUAUAAUGGGCGGCACCUUCAUGUCACUGGCAGAUGAUUACAGAGACUACUUUAUCAGAAAUUUGCACGACGCGCUUUCAGGUUAUUCAAGCUCAUCUGUUGACGAAGCUGUUUUCUAUUCUGAACGAUCGAACACGAAGUGCAUUGGAAUCACAAUUGAAACCAGGCCAGAUUAUUGUCUGAAGCCUCAUCUGAGCAAAAUGUUGACUUAUGGAUGUACGAGACUCGAAAUUGGGGUCCAAUCGGUUUACGAGGACGUAGCGCGUGAUACAAAUAGAGGUCAUACAGUCAAAGCAGUGAGCGAAUCUUUUCAUCAGUCGAAGGAUUGCGGGUUCAAGGUCAUUUCGCACAUGAUGCCAAACUUGCCCAACGUACCUUUUGAGAGAGACCUCGCGCAAUUUAAAGAACUGUUUGAAAAUCCUGCUUUUCGACCAGAUGGACUGAAAAUAUAUCCAACUUUGGUAAUCCGUGGAACUGGAAUAUAUGAGUUAUGGAAAAGUGGGGUUUACAAAAAUUAUUCGCCAAGCGAACUUGUUGAUUUUGUAGCUGCAAUUUUAGCUUUGAUUCCGCCGUGGACGAGAGUAUACAGGGUGCAGCGGGAUAUACCGAUGCCUCUUGUGUCUUCAGGAGUCGAAAAGGGAAAUUUGAGAGAGUUGUGUCUUGCUCGAAUGAAGGAACUUGGCACCGAAUGUCGUGAUGUAAGAACCAGAGAAGUCGGAAUCCAAGAAAUACAUCACAAGAUUCUGCCGAAUCAAGUGGAAUUGAUAAGACGUGACUACUUUGCAAAUGGGGGCUGGGAAACGUUUUUGUCCUACGAAGAUCCAGAACAAGAUAUUCUGAUUGGGUUGUUGAGAUUGCGAAAGUGCUCUGAAGAUGGCACUUUCAGGCCAGAAUUGACCGGAGGUGGAGUUUCGAUUGUAAGAGAGUUGCAUGUUUAUGGAUCAGUGGUUCCAGUCAAUGCUAGAGAUCCAAACAAGUUCCAACAUCAAGGAUUUGGAAUGUUGCUGAUGACAGAAGCCGCUAGAAUAGCUAAAGAGGAACAUGGGUCGUAUAAAUUGGCAGUCAUUUCUGGCGUGGGAACACGAAAUUACUACAGAAAACUGGGUUACGAGUUGGAUGGACCCUAUAUGACAAAACUAAUUUGAUACUUAAUCCAUUUUUUGAUUGUGCUUUGGUGAUAGAAUUUAGUUUUCAGCGACA